AUGAAGCAAUUUAACACCGUGAUAACAGAUUUAACCGUCACAUCCUGUGCCUCACCUGGCGUCCCAGUCGCCUGCCCUCUGGAAAAGAGGACAUGGAAUCGACUCGAGAAAGAUCUCUACCUUCACGCAGGCGAGCAGACAGCAUGGAUAUACCUUGAAGAAAGGGAUAAGGCCGAUGUUGCCAAUGGCAAUCGCGUCAUCACGGAUAUCUGGGUUGGCGCCACGAAGCCCCCCGGUGAUAGCGAGGACGGCUGGGAGCAACGAUCCUGCGGCAUUUGGAUCCUGAGAAGUCACUACACUGACCACUAUUUGAGAUUAUUGACAGGUAUUGACGUUCUCUUCGGAACGGAUGCUGUCGACCCACGACCAGGCUGGACACUAUUACCCGCACCCCUCCAACUUGAGGAUCAACCGGACGUGCCCGCACCGAGGCUUUCAGCGCGAUUUGGUCCACCAAUACCCAGACCAGACGACCCGAAUGCCCCUUUACGUGUCAACAAAGACGGAAAAUUCAAGAUCGUCCAGAUUUCCGACACGCACAUGGUCACGGGUGCUGGAGUUUGCAACGAUGCCAUCGACGCAAAUGGUCAACCUUUACCUAGUAUUGAAGCUGAUCCGAACACGAUUAAGUUCAUUGGGGAAAUUUUGGACGUCGAGAAACCCGACUUGGUGAUUCUCAGCGGGGACCAAGUACAUCAUGAUAUACCAGACACACAAUCCCCUUUGUUCAAGGUUGUGUCACCUUUGAUCAGUCGAUCGAUUCCUUUCGCGGUGGUUUUUGGAAAUCAUGACGAUGAGGGCACCUACGCGCUGUCGCCACAGGCUGGGCCCGAGUCAGUAGAUGGUGUGGGCAACUACUAUCUCCAACUCUUUUCCAGCGACGAAAAGCAGGCCCCAUUAGCAACAAUCUUCUUUUUCGACUCUCAUGGGCAAAUCACGAGUGAUGACAAGAAUCCCGACUACGAACCAAUCCAGCAGAGUCAAAUCGACUGGUUCACCUCCACUUCACGGCAUCUAAGAAAGACCCGCAUUGCAAAGAGAGACGCUAGCUCUCCCUUUCUUUCUUUGGCUUUCAUGCACAUACCCUUCCCCGAAUACGCAGGAGACGAUUUGUCGAUAAGCGGUGGCAGGCGGAGAGAACCAACCGAAGGCCCCAGCAUCAACACGCAUCUUUACGAUGCUCUAGUGCAAGAAGAGGUGUCUGCGGUGGGCUGUGGGCACGAUCAUGUCAACGACUUCUGCGCUUUAUUGCCGAAGUUGCAGCGAGGUCAUUUGGUAGAACGUGACGAUCAAUCGGUCAAGCAUGGCCCGUGGCUCUGUUACAAUGGAGGUAGCGGGUUCGGGGGUUACUGUUCCUAUGAUGAAAAUCGUUACUACAGAAGGACACGAGUCUGGGAGAUCGACGCGAACAAGGGCGAUUUGAAGACAUGGAAGCGCAUCGAGUACUCCGGUAACCGAUUCGAGGAAGUAAUACUUGUAGAAGGUGGCCGAAUCACAGCUCCCUCAAAAAUGUUAGAAACCGAGAAGACAUGCAGAAUCCUGUAG